AUGGCACCGUAUGAAAUGCUUUAUGGUAGGAAGUGCCGGACCCCGGUGUGUUGGGGUGAGGUGGGUCCACGUGAACUCGCCCCCCAAGAUAUAGUUCGAGCCACUAAUGAAAAGAUUGAUAUGGUUUGGGCACACUUGAAAGCGGCUCAAGAUAGACAAAAGUCGUAUGUAGACAAAAGGAGGAGACCGAUCGAGUUUCAGGUAGGCGAUAAGGUCAUGCUUAAGGUAUCCCCAUGGAAGGGGGUUAUCCGGUUUAGAAAGAGAGGAAAAUUAAGCCUGAGAUUUAUUGGGUCGUUUACGAUUGUCGAACGAGUAGGAAAGGUAGCAUACCGCCUUGAACUAGCGGAGGAAUUAAGCGGAAUUCAUAGCACAUUCCAUGUGUCACAUCUUCGGAAAUGUCUAGCGGACGAAACAGCUUAUAUCCACUACAAUGAUAUCGAGGUGAAUGAUAGCCUUAAUUAUGUGGUGAAGCCAAUGGCGAUUUUGGACCGUAAGGUGAAAAUCCUAAGGAACAAAGAGAUCAAGCAAGUAAAAGUCAAAUGUGAACACAGGAAGGGUUUGGAUACCACGUGGGAAUCCGAAGAGGAAAUGCAACGACUCUACCCUACAUUAUUCGGUACGUAA